AUGCGAGAUAUUUCUGUUCUAGUUAAUGUAUGUCUUAGUCGUCGAACCAUUAUUAUUAUCGUAGUUGUUUGUCGUCAAAGACAAUUUAUUUUCAAAGAUAUUUAUUGUAAUAUGUCCAAUGGAAUGAAGAAACAAUUUUCAACUGUAUCAAUACGUCAGAUACCACAUAUACGUCUUCAUGAUGAUGGAAAUAUAGAAACACGAUAUGAAUUUUUAAAUAAAUUAGGUGAAGGUUCAUUUGGAACUGUAUCUCGUGUUAAAAGUAAAGAAAAUGAUUUAUUUUAUGCUAUGAAAACAAUUAUAAAAAAACAUGGCAAUACUUCUAAAGCAUCAAUUCUUGAUAAUGAAGUAAAAUUAUUAACAGAAGUUAAUCAUGCUAAUCUUAUUCAACUUCAUGAAGUUUUAGAAUCAACUCAAAAACUUUAUUUGGUCGUUGAAUUAUGUGAAGGUGGUGAAUUAGGUGGAUGUGUUAAAAAUAUUGGUCCAUUACCUGAAGAAACAGUUAAACAAAUAAUGUCAAAAUUAAUAAGUGCAUUACAUUAUCUUCAUAAAAUGAAUAUUGUACAUCGUGAUCUUAAAUUAGAAAAUAUUUUAUUAAAAAAUACUCCAACAAAUAAAACAGAUGAAUUUGAUAUUCGAGUUACUGAUUUUGGUUUAAGUUCAAAACAAAGUAUUACUUCUACUGAUUCACUUUUUAAUGAUUAUUGUGGUACACCACUUUAUAUGGCACCAGAAAUAUUGGAAAAUAAAAAUUAUAGUGCACUUUGUGAUGUAUGGGCUAUGGGAGUCAUUAUGUAUUAUUUAAUUUGUGGUCGUCAUCCUUAUGUUGCGAAUGAUGAAAGACGUUUACUUGAAAUAAUUCGUUCACAAAAACUUCGAUUUGAUUUGGAAAAAUUUCGAAAUAUUUCAUCUGAAGGUCUUGAUUUUUUACAAGGAAUGCUGGUUUAUGAUACAGUUCAUCGUCGAACAAUGGGUGAACUUAUUGUACAUCCAUGGUUAACAGGUCGAUCCGAUAAAGGACCAGCUAAAGAUAUAAUAACAAUGAUGAGAGAAUUUCAAGCUGAAAAUGAUCAACAUCAAAUAAAAAUUGAAAAUAAUUCAACAACAGUAAUAAAUUCAACUCCAGAUAAUGUAAAUUUCUCAUUGAGUUCAAAUGAUCAAUCAAAAAUAUCAUCAUCAUCAUCAUCAUCAAUUUCACAGAAACAACAAGAAUCAUUGAACAAUAAUACAAAUCAAUCGAAAAUCAAUAUGAUUAGAUCAGAUUUACGUACUAUUGUUGAUAAAAAUAAAUUAAAUUACAGAACAACAAGUCGAUUAACAGCCGAUUCUCUUAGAACAUUUCGUGGUUCGACAUAUGAUAUUAUUGGUAAUUCACCAAAAUUUCGUGUACGAACUAAACAAAUUGAUACGACAACGGAUUUAAUUGAUUCAAGUCAAACAUUUAAUUCUCCUUCAUUUGUAUCUUCUUCGACAAAUUUUUCGACAGUACGACCCAGUAACAUUCGACUUAGUCGUUGUCAAUCUCAAGCUGAUAUUGUUUUAUCAUCGAAACGUGCAUCACCAUCUCGACAACAUUAUCAACGAACUGUUUUGAAUGGUACAACUAAUAUUAGUGUUUCACCUUCAUCAAAUGUUUUUAAUUCAUCAUCAAAUGAUAAUAUCAUAGGAAAUAUUUCUAAAAAUCCACCGUCUUCCACAACUACUGCUUUAAUGAUGAUUAAUAAACAUUAUACAAAUCAUCCAUCAUCAUCGUUACCAACUAUAUCUAAUCAUCAGCAAGAUAAUACAAAAAAAUUAUCUUUGUACAAUAAAUAUCAUACAUAA